ACUGUAGAGCUACCGCUCUGUACAAUAAACACAGCAUAGCUGUAUCAACGAAGUUAGGGUUACUGCAGGCUGAGAAUCACUAAGCAAAAAUAGGGCUAGCCAUCAACGUUUCACAUGUUCUUAAAGACUGAUAAUAUCUUGGAAUUAACAGCGAGCAUGACUAGGUUGAAGGCUUGAUGGCUAACCUAUUUUUCUUUCCAGGUUUUCCAGAGCGUAAAAUAAAACUAAACUUUACCGUUAAUCAUGAAUGCUGUCUGAAUUAUACAAUCCGAGAUCAGGAAACCACAGACUAAGAAAUACUUAAUGUACGGAAAGGACAAGGACGUAGCACACUACCAUCAUCAGUGGGAUGAAUACAAAGUAAAAGGAAGGGAAAAGCCCAGCAAAGUGCAAAAUACCAUGCAAACCAGUUCAUGAUUUGUUUCAGUAACCUGAAACAGAAAGUACAGAUACGGAAACAGAAAGAGAAAUAAAAUGGCCUGUAAUGUGGUGUAAAAAAAAGAAAAUAUCACGAAAGUUUGCUAAACUGAACGUAGCGAUCAACAGUCAGCCAUGAAAAUGGAUUUGUUAAUUCUUUAUCUUUGUGCAAAAUCAUGACUACAGUUGGUAAGGUUUAAUGUAAAUACAUUACAAAAUAUCGGCAUCUAGCCAGGUUAAGAAUGAACGUGUACAUGUGGCCUACUACUGUUUAGUCAUCUGGAUAUGUUUUCUUGAAUACAUUUGACAGACUUUUCCAACCCAACCCAUAAUUGUUGAACGUUGCUAUUUACCAAGUAUAAAAUGUGCUUACUGUUGAAACCCUAGGUUGUUGCAGUCACAUGGGAUUAAUUGCACUAGGAAAGGAAACAUUUUGUAUAUUCUCAAUAUUAACGCAAUAUCACAUUUCAAAGAAACACUUUGACCCUUACAUGCUGAAUGAGAACCAUCUGGAAUACUCAGGAAAACAUGUGUAUUCAUUGGCAACAAAAACAAGUGCUCCAUAAAAUCACUAAAACACAAAAACAAACCAAACACAAAAACUUUAAAUGUUACUUUUUUUAAAAUGUUACUAUUUAGUAAUAGCAAUAUAGCCCGUAAGAACACUGUUAAUGGCACGAGGUAGGCCUAUCAGACGGUAAAGCCCUCUUCUGCUUAACGAUAUGGCACUACAGUAUCGCCACAAAAAUGUGUGGUCCUUCGGAAACCCAGCUGCAUACGGCUCACUUUUGACUUUAUGACACACCUAUUUAUGUCAGAAUUAAAAACUGAAAAAAAGUAAAUAACUAUAGUGAUAUUCUGCUGGCCUGGCACUGUGACAAGACUUCUGUGACCCCAUGGACACGAACCACACGGUAUCACACCCACAACAUCAAAGCAUGCUCUGUGUGUGGAAGUGAAGCACAAGCUGCUGUCAUUGGUCAAACACACCGAAGAGGCGUUCCCGCUUCCCCGUGGAGAAUUCAGAAUUCCGUACCCCGCCUCUUCAGGAAGCAAGUUUGCUUUGGCUUUUUGCACAUGGACCGACCUUUAUCCAGGAAGUGUAGCAAAACAUUGGCAUCGUCCAUUUCAGCUGUUUUCAUGUGUGGUCUAAUUACGCCGAGAGUUAUUUCUAAAACGAAUAUAAUUGCGUUUAAUGAAAAAAAAAAAGUACACAAUGUGUUUGUACAAAAUUUAGAAAUCGUGCGGGAAGCACCGCCACCCCUGAGGUGUGGAGUACAAAAAUAGAGUCCCGGAUUUCUUCUUUUUAUAACUUUGGAGGAAUACUAUUUCAGUAAUCUAAGUGUUCGAAAAAAUGGCGACUGCUCUGUGCCAGGGAAGAAACCAGUUGGAUCUGUUAAUAAAAGCAGUUGAAGCUUCCUGUCAGAAUGAAGAUGAAACAAUGGAAACUAUUGAGGCGGCUGAGGCCCUGCUCAACAUGGACUCCCCGGGCUGCUUUCUGGAUGACAAGCGCAUCACUCAUGUGUUGGUGCCGUCGAUGGGUGAGGUAAUCUCUACUCCAGUUACAAGUGUAUCGGUAACAGCUGAUGGAAUUCCUGAGGUAGUGGAAGUUCAACAGGGUCGGCACUCCCUGAGCGAAUCAGCAGCUGGGCAAACGCCACAAGAGCCCAAGAAGAAGAAAGGCAGAAAACCCAAACCGCCGCGACCUGAUUCGCCUGUCACACCCAAUAUCUUAAUAAAAAAGAAAGAGAAAGAUGGCAAAGGUAAUACGUUAUAUCUUUGGGAGUUCCUAAUAGCCUUACUGCAGGACAGAUCCACGUGCCCAAGAUAUAUAAAGUGGACACAAAGGGACAAGGGCAUCUUUAAACUGGUCGACUCCAAGGCUGUAGCAUGUUUGUGGGGAAGACACAAAAACAAGCCAGACAUGAAUUAUGAGACAAUGGGCAGAGCUCUCAGGUACUAUUACCAGCGAGGUAUACUAUCUAAGGUAGAAGGACAGAGAUUGGUCUACCAGUUUAAGGAGAUGCCAAAAAACAUUGUGUACGUUGAUGACGUGGAUCCGUCCUCCAGCACAGAAUCCGUAGACAUGCCAGAGGCAGACAUGUCAUCAUGCAAUGAUCGGGCCUUACCCCUCUCCACCAAGAAAUCGCUCAGCAGCAGAAGUCCAGCCACAAAGCAGAGGGCCUCUGCACACAGAGUAAGGCGAGGAGCAGCUGCACUGCCUGCCCCCGGUGUGCUGGAGUCUGCAGUGGACACAAAGGCAAUCAGGCCAGUCCGGCAGGUGGAGCUCAUACAGCAGCAACAUUUGCCAGUAGUGUCUGCAGAAAUGUUGAGAACUUUGCAGAGCAUCCAGUCAUUGAAACCAGGACAGCAUGGGUCUGUUUUCAGGACAGUCCAACUCAUGGAGCAUUUUCAGAGUGCCCAGGAGGGGCAGACUGUUUUAACCACAGCAGGUUGUGGCCAGACAGUCAGGUAUGUGUCGAUGGAUGAGUGGUCUUCCGUGUCAACCACUGCACCUACAGAGAGCAGCGUGAGCAGCCCGCCUCCGGUUCCAGUGGUAGUGUCAGCAGGAGUGCAGCCGGUGGGCACUGUAACACUGCAGACCCUCCCGCUCACAACAGUCCUAGCCAGCAGUGACCCGUCUGGGGCUUCGCCUCGCACCUUCUUCCUGCAAACCAUUCCCUCCCCUCAGGUGGCAGCUCCCACAUCUCCAGGCACCCUGAGCAGAGUCCCUGGUCAGCGAGUGCUUGCGAGCAGUAACAGGACUGCUUCUGUGCCUUCUUCCCCGACAGUCGGUGCCGCCGCCCCUGUGGUGACAUUCUCAACGGACGGCCAGCAGCUGGUGUCCCAUCCACCCGGCACGGUGAUCGCCUCGGUAACCAAAGCACCCGAAACCAAACACAGCCUGCCUCAGACACAACAGUGGGAGGAUAUUGAGAGCAGCCAGCGCACUGACCUCAAAUCACAGCCACACUUCAGUGUAGUGGUGAUCAAUGACAUGUGGAUGGAAUCCGAGGCUACAAAUGAUCAGACGGAAGACAUCUGAAAGGACUGCUUUGUCACAGGUUUCGUGUUUGUAAAUACAGUAUGGUAGCUGGAAAUGGUCAAACAAGUAGCAAAAAAAGGAAACGCUUAACCCUUUCAUGCUUCGGAGAGACUUGAAGUAAACCAACCUGCAAUGGAAAAAAACUACAAAGGUGCAAAUCUGUAGCAUUUCCAUUGCUCUAUCACUGUUAAACUGAACUUUGCAUUUCUUAAACAGAAAAAAACCAUACACAAACAAUACAUGGAUUGUAUAAGCAUUGUACAGUUUACUGUGGUGUACUUUUAUUAAAGAAAACACAGUCAGAGCAGUCCACCCCUCCAGUGGUUUUCUUCUGGAAAGAAUUCCUUUCUAGUUAGAACUCAAGUUAACAUUUCACACCGUCCUGCUUUACUGAAACUGGUAAAGGUAUCUGUGGUGCUGUAUGUCUUUGUCCAACUCUGUGUGCCUGAAGGUACAGCAUGAGAGGGGUGCUUUUCUUUUUCUUUUUCUUUUCUUUUUCUUUUUUAUUUAGUUGUCGCCAAUGGAUUUGUUUCCCAAUUUGGAAUCACCAAUUGUAUGGAUGAUUUCGGUCCACCGCUGCAACCCCCACGCCGACUUUGUGAAACAGUGGCAGACACGCGCGUCCUCCGAAACGUGCCCUGCCAAGUCGGCUUUUUUUGCACUGCAGGUCCACAGUGAAGCCAUCAGACCUAUAGUGCCGGAGGACAAAACGGAUCUGAAUGGCUCCACAGCAGACCCGCAGGCACCCUGCCGGCCACAGGAGUCGCUGGUGCGUAGUGAACCGAGGAUUAUCCUGCCGAUCUGAGCCCUCCAUACCCUGGUGGCGUUCGGCCAAUUGUGCGCCGCCCCCUAGGAACCCCCGGUCACGGUCGGCAAAUGACAUAGCCUGGGUACGAACCAGCGAUCACCAGGCCAGAGAGGGGUGCUCUUGACAUUUGAACCCAUGAGAGGUUUUAACAAAAUCCAGCUACUCUAAUAGAAUACAGCCUCCUUUUUUGAAUCUUGCUUUCCAGAGAGGGAAGAGUUCAACUUUAUUAAAUGAAACCUGAACCUAAUCCCAGAUGUGCUUUCUACAUGAAUUCUCACAAAACCUUCCAGAUGUAAUUUGAAAUUCAAUGAAAAAAUAUGAAGGAAUCUGCAAAGUGCUGUAUGUUCAUGUAUCUGCAAUACAAAAAAAGCUUCAUUUGAGUUUUACUGCACCUUUCCAGCUUUAUAAUAUGUGAUUCUUUGUGGCCUUUUUUAAGAUACGUUUUUUGGAUGCGGUGGUGUACAAGCACAGCCUAUAAAACUACUCUUUGACAUAUCCAGUAAUGUAAAUAUUGUACAUUAAAUUUGACUGGUAAUGGAUACAAAUUUCUAACUAAUUUUGUGAGCUACAUUUUUAUACAGGUGCUGUAGGACUACGAAUAUGUAUAACAGUGUUUCUAAACAUUUUAUAUGCGAGUGGUUUUGUAUUUAUGGAAAUAAAUUUUAAAUUUUGAUGUGCA